CGGGCGAAUACUAGUUCAUAGUGCGUGGUACUACUGCACAUAAAAAAAGAUCGAGCUACCUCUCAGAUCUGACAAACGUGAUUAUUAUCAAAACACCGAACUGUUUUCUGAAUGGAUCGCAGCUACGGAACUCCAAGAUCUGUUGAUGCUGUCGAUCCUACUUCUUCGUAUGAUGCUUGGCCGACUUUACCAUCUACCCGGUCGAUAUCCGAAACAAGCUCGAGGUCUCGAUGCUUCUGCUGCCGCUUGAGACUAUCUUGGACAGCUGUCAGCGUGGUGGAGAUCGCUCUGAUGAUUGCCACUGUUGUAGCAUAUUAUUUCCUUCCCAAAAAUUUUCUUGAAAGAAUGUUACCGCCUGGAACACAAGUAACCGAAGUGUCAGAGUGGAUGAUGCGAACGGUCGGAAGUAUGGUUAGCGUGCAGAUUGUCCUUCUCAUUGGUGGGAUUGGCUGGGGCAAUGCAGUAACCAGGAAAAUCAUCUACUGGGGAAUGUUAACAGGAGACAUUCUGCUUGUCGCCAUCCAAGCAGCUUUUGUACACAGUAUGUCCACCUGGAAUGCAGUCAACUUGUCAAUAGUAGUUUUGGCAUCAACAUUUGCUCUCUUCAGGAUGAUAACACUGAUAUGUAAUCCAAGAUGGUGGCUCUGGGUCCCAGAACCUAACUUCUGAAGUUUGGUUUUACAUGAGACAGACAGAGUGAAACAAAGAACAUGAUUUUUACAGAUUAUGUGUAAUACCCAAAUUUUAUGAACUGCUGAAGUUGACAAUAUUCAUUCAGUUAUCUAAGGAGCUAUUUAUGACGAACAUUCUAACCCUUUACCUCCCAUAAGUGACCAGAAGAGACUUUAUCCUUACAAUUUCAAUACAAUAUCAACCAGAUAAGUGAUGAGAAUAAAGAAAAAUAUCAAUUUGGGGAUAAUUAGUUGAUCCAAUAUUAAAUUCUCUGAACUAACAUUAUGAGAAUUGUAUGGUUGACAGUAAGGAGAAUGAAAAAUUUGAUCUGGGAGUUAAAGGGUUAAGGAACUGUAAAAGUAGAUGCUAAUGAGACAAAAGUAGAUUGUGAGUGCCUUUCAAUUAAGUCACGUCAGGUACAAACAAGUUUUAUUGUGACAGAGGCAUCUGAAGUGGUGUAUCAGGGUGAAAUAUAAUGGAAGUUGUGUAGGAUUGAAUUCUGGUUGCAUUAAACUGCAAUUUUUUUUAUCCUUCUGAAAGGUUGGCACACUAUGUAGAUCAUAUCGCAGGAACAGUUUCCCUCGUGUGAUCUCCCAAUUUCGCCAAAAAUUUUGCCUAUUUCAGGCAUUUGGUUGUUAAUAUGGAGCAUGAUAAUAAAAUUAAAUAUACUAUGGUAAUGGCUGCGAGAAAAAAGUCGAAGGUUCAAUUUGGGUCCAUAAAAGGAUUGAGGUUUGGGUUCUUUAGGUGAUAGACAAAACCUCCUUCCUUUUCCGAGCUGAACCAAACCUCCUGCUUCUUUGCUCUGCCACUGCUAUUGUACUUUUAACUUUACCACUACACUCCAUUUUACUAACUGAAAGCCUCAUACAGGCCACCUGAAAUUUUGUUUCAUGGCAAAAUUCAGCAUGGUUGUAGAGAGUUUUUACACUGCUUUACACCCUCUCUACUGCAGAAACAGGACUGAAUCAAUUAAAAAUCUCUAUGUGAUAUUGAGAUUUUUAUUCACAUAUUGACCCAACCUUCAUGGAGCACAUUCUGCUCUUUUUCUGUUGCAUGUGUCUUUUGUGGAACAAGGAAAGAAGCUUGUCCCCUAUAUAGGGUACCAACCUUCUGUUAAGAUUUUGGUAAAAGUUUAACAUAAUGAACCAAUUAAAUUCAAGUAACCUCUUGACUUAUUUUGUAAAAUUGUAUCUUAAUUGCUCAGAGUGAUCAUUAUUUUACAAAGGAGCUAGUAUUUUUGGUACUAUGAAGAAUACUUUUUAUUUAUGUUUUAAUUAAAGUAGCACGUGUCAGUCCUUUUUAAUAAAUUAGGUCUGUCCUGAUAGCAAUAUUUUAACUGCGAAGUAUCACUUUUUCUGGUUUAGUAAGCUUUAAGGAAUGAUCUUUUGUCUUUUCAAACAAAGUAAGCAAUAAUGCCUAAGACUUUUGAUGACCAAUUCUUUCAUUUUGAUGUAGUUUUGGUGUAACUUUUUACUAGGAUCAUUAACAUCUUAGUACUGACCAGGUGAAGAUGUAUUUCAAAGCAAUUCAAAAGGCUGUUGUUCGGUUGUAUUACUGUCAUGUCCAUUAAAAAAAAUAUUGAAAUGUAAA